UUCGAAAAACUGGAAAAAAUCUUGGAGUAGUAGCACGUGAAAAACAAGCUAUUCACAGAUCAACAAAAAAAAGAGCUAAUUCUGUUAGUAAAGCGGAAUCAUCUACUAAAUCAAGAAGAGCAAAAAAAAUUAAAAAUAUUGAAAGUUCUCAAGAUUUAACAGAUGCAUUAGCUGAAUUUGAUUUAGAAAAAGAAGAGAAGGUUCUUUUUUUAAAAGAAAAAAAAUUAGAAUUAGAAGAACAGGAGUUAAAGCUUGAAAAAGAAAAAUUAGAAAUUCUUAAACUUAAACGGGAAUUAGGCCUUUAA